AUGGCAAAGACUCCUAAUGCCCAAUUCUCUUCUCUUGAUCUUGCUUCUAGUCUUCCUACACGAAAACCCGACACCCCUGAUUUAACUGAACGGAUCCUUAGGUUUCUUGCUAGCCAAUCCAUUCUCACAUCAACCCUUGUGACCGAUGAAAGUGAUGCAGUCGCCAAUGGAGGGAUCCCAUUUAACAGGGCCCAUGGAGUCCAUGCUUUUGAGUACCCUGCAAAAGACAACAGAUUCAAUCAAGUGUUCAACAAGUGCAUGUAUGACAACACAACAAUAGUCAUGAAGAUGUUUCUUGGAAAGUACAAAGGAUUUGAAGGCGUAAAACAGUUGGUAGAUGUGGGUGGUGGUUUAGGUGCUAACCUUGAUCACAUCAUUGUCUCAAAGAACCCGAACAUUAAGGGCAUCAACUUUGAUCUACCCCAUGUCAUCAAGGAUGCAACUUCUUCACUAGGUGUUGGAGGAGAUAUGUUCGAAAGUAUUCCUACAGGAGAUUGGAUACUUCAUGAUUGGGGCGACAACGAAUGCAUCACUGUUCUAAAGAACUGUUGGGCGGCAUUGCCAGAGUCCGGUAAGGUCGUGGCGGUGGAAGCGAUCAUCCCCGACCUUGAAAAUCAACCAAGUGAUCAUACGACCAACAUCGAUAUCGAUGUUUCUAAGGCUGUCAUCAGUAGUGAUAUGAUAAUGAUGAUUGCUAAUCCCGGUGGAAAAGAGCGAACGUUAAAAGAAUAUAAUACUUUAGCAAAAAAGGCGGGAUUUGCUUCUUUGAAAAUUGUGUGUAGGGUUUCUACAUUUUGUGUGGAAAAGUUGCCUCCAAAAUUAGCAAGUGGCAAAUAG